GGCCCUCUGGAAGGGGAACCUGACGGCCUGCCUGCGCCUCUGCCCCUACAGCGCCCUGCAGCUCGCCGCCUCCCGCCGACUGGUUGCCCUUUUCAUGGAUGAUCUGGGCCAUAUCUCCCACUGGAGAGCCAUCAUGGCAGGAAGCCUGGCUGGCAUGGUUGCCACCGUCGUGACAUACCCCAGUGAUGUGAUUAAAACACGGCUCAUCGUGCAGAACCGGCUGGAACCAUCUUACGAAGGAAUUCUUCACGCCUUUUACAAGAUUUAUCAUCAAGAAGGACUCCGUGCACUCUACCGUGGUGUUUCACCAGCAAUAUUAGGUGCUGUCCCAUUUUCUGCAGGCUCAUUCUUUGUUUACAUCAGUCUGGACAAAAUCUGGCAAGAACCCAUAGUUCGUUUCACUCCUCUUCAGAACUUCACAAAUGGCUGUGUAGCAGCUGCUGUGGCACAGACACUUUCUUUCCCCUUUGAGACUGUCAAGAGGAAGAUGCAGGCCCAGAGUCCUUGGCUUCCCCACUAUGGAGGAGUUGAUGUCCAUUUUACUGGCAUGGCUGACUGCUUCCGGCAAACUGUAAAGAACAAAGGUGUUCUUGGACUUUGGAGUGGACUCACACCCAGUCUGCUCAAGAUUGUGCCAUACUUCGGUGUUAUGUUUAGCACCUUUGAAUUCUGCAAGCGGGUCUGUCUCUACAGAAAUGGUUAUAUUGAGUCUCCUUUAAAUUACAAGCUAACACCUGGUGUUGACCAGAGCUUACACCCACAAGAACUGAGAGAAUUAAAGCUCCUCCGAAGGGAAAAUUUUGAGCCAAGGAAAUCAGCGCUUGAAAACUGACAUCAGUGUCCACUGCAGAUAUUCAAAUACCUUUCUUCAGGAACUUUGCAAGAAAGACAUUCUGAGCUACAGGUACUGACAUUUCAGUGGACUGCAUGGUUCUUGUAGUGAGAUAUGUGAAUCUGUAUUGCAUAUGCUGAAUGGAUGUAAAGAAUGUGACUGGCAAGCACAUACUGAAGAGGAAAGAUGCACCUAGUUUGAAAACUCUAUACUACUGGAACUUGAAAUGGUAUUAUUUUAGGUGCUUUUUAAUACUGAAUAGCCAUUUGAGAUUAAACCAGUUGCAGAAAGGCAAGAGAAUAGAGAUGAGAAUAUAAAUUGUCUUUAAAAACAUUAAGAAAAUGUUUUUUUAAAGCAAUCUGAGAUACAAGUCAGCCAAAAAUAAUAAAACUUAAUAAAAUACAUGCAAGAACUUCUACUGAAAUCUCCAAGUUUUUUAGUGAUACUGUGUGGAUGUGGCAUUCUGCAGAGUCAGAAUUAGUCUUAGUUCAGUCACAUUCCUAAAAUCCACUCCUAAGUUUGUGAGAUGUAUUUCAGAAUAAUAAUUUUGUCUGAAUCUCCAAUAUAGAGAUGAAUGUGUGCUGCUGCAGCUGUGCUUUUGCUAAGGCAGAACUGUAAUGUGCAAAAUGGACAUACAAAAUACACUGGAAUGACAAUCUUGUAAACUUAAGUGCAUAUUCAAAAAUAUUCCUCCCUUUCUUGUGCAUUGUUACUGCAUAUAUGAUAAUUACUUCACACUUCAAAAAAUAAUUUUCCUGGCGUUCUCUAACUGAAAUAUUUCCUGGAAAAUGCAGUUCUUAAAUGUGUUUGAUAUUUCAGAGCCACAAACUCUGUCAUGAUGUUUUCUUUUAAAGCUCUAGUUUUUUCAUUAGACCACUUUUUAGUUCCAGUGCACAGACCUAAGCCUACUGUGCUGCUCUGAUCUUGCACACAGAAUAGCACCAUGCACACCACCUGUGAUUGAUCCAUUUGAACCGUGUUCUCCAGGGGCUGCAGACAGGUCCUGUAGGUAGGCACCUCUGCCAGAGCACCAGGUUACUGCCAGGGCCACUGCAACAGAUGGGCCUCUUUGAGAGCUUUUUUUUGGACAACAAAAGAUCAUCUUGUGUUAUGCCUGAGGAACAGUGGUGUUGCUCCAGUUCCUUUGUAGAAGUUCAAGUACGGGACAGCCCCAUCCCAGUGCCUUCUGAUAAAAAACCCAAACCCCUGUCCAUGUGGGAAGCUGGCUGUGGCCCUGGCAGCAUGGGAAUCACAGCAGCUCACAAAGGCGUGUGCACACUAGCUCCUCUGAGCUGCAGCAGCCUGGGCUCAGCACAGCAUUUCCUGCUUUACACAGCUCCUCAUCUGUGUUUUUGCACCGUUUCACCUGAUGAGUGAAAAUAAGUAAAUCUCAGAAACUGCUUGGUUAGAACAUGUCACAGCAGGAUGAGGCAUUGGUAAAUCCCUGCAGGAACAGUAACUGUGGUGAGAAACUUGCAGAAAGAUUUGGAGUAACUGUAAGGCCUGCCUUGCACCUAGAACUCAUUGUGGAUGUAUCUUACAGCUGAAUCUUGCAGUAUCUCUCUUAGUGGACUCGCUCUGUUCUGCUGCAGUGGUGUUCAUACUGAUUUUUUUUCUCAGCAAAAAAAUGCAUAGAUAGCAAAAAAUUAAGAUGGUAGAGAGCAGAUCUGGUGGCUCAUGCAUCACACUGAGAUUGUAAGUGCUUUUGGUUCUAAUCAACCUGCCUCAGUUUUCCCAUGGACACAGCGCAGGUAAUAAUACUGAAACUUACUGGACAUGUAUGGAUAUGGAGAUGUGAAUUGUAAGCAUGUUGGGGAAGAAUGGAUUUCUUGCCUUGUCCAAGCAUACCUGUAUGUUUUUUACUAACACUGUAUUUCUAAAUAGAUUUUAAAGAUUGAAUGGGUACAUACGAAUGUCUGAUCAGCUCUUCAAACCUUGAAAGAGUCAAGUGAGUCAAAAAGUUAUCUCUAACUUAUUUCUGAUGUGCUACUACCACUUCUGUAUUGUAGUGCACUCCUAUGAUCCAUCAAGCACUAACCUUUUAUCAACCAAGCCUGUCCGUUGUAAUCACCAAUACGCAUGAUAAAUCCCCAAAAAGCAGCACUAAAGUAUUUAGAUGUCACUGAAAGCAAGCCCUUCAUCAGUGGAUCACUAACAUGUGAAAUGGUGUAUGGCAAUCAAGAACCAUUCAAUAGCAAGGCUAAACUCUUGGUUAGGUGAAGUUCUACUCCAGUGACGUUUGGAUGCCACUGUGUGAUGGGGGGGCGGGUGUGCCUGCUGGGAUGUGCUUGUCUGAGCAUCUCAGCAGGAGGACUGCAUACACGACCUGGAGCUCGGUCACUCCUGGAGCCCUGUGUGCAGGGUGACAAUGUCCCGAGGGCUCUGUGAACGCGGGUCUGGGCUACGGCUGAGAGAGAAGGGGGCCCGUACGUGUCCGUAGAUGAGGCAGCCUCAGAGCCCGCCCCGUUCCAGCGUGCGCCGCGGCUGUGCUGUGCCCGGCUGCUCUCGCCGUGCCAUUGGGAUGGCGCGGAGGGGCCGGGGGUCGUGGUCACGGAUGGCCCCGUCACUGCCAUGUGGUGUGCCCGAGGUAGGGACAGGCGCUGUGACCUGACCGGGGCCGUAUGCAUGUCCCGCCCGCGGUGCUGGUGGGAUCCUCCAUGCCGUGAUGCGCCGUCCCGGGCGCUUUAUCCCGGGAUCUCCCGUUCCGCGGUGCCCAUCCCGAUGUGCUCCGUCUCGGGGAGCUCCAUUCCGGGAAGCUCCGUCCCGGGGAGCUCCGUCCGGGAGAGCUCCAUCCCGAGGAGCUCCAUCCCGGGGAGCCCCAUGCCGGCUCCCCCAUCCCGUCGUCGCGGCCAU